CAGCUUGUAUAUAAUAUAUUGGAAUAUAGUGGUAUUAAUACACGACGAAGUAAUCUAUUUGAUCGAGAAGCAGUUGCAAAAAUAACUAAAAAGCUAUUUAAAGGACUAAGUGGGGUGGAUAACAUAUAUACACAACAUUGUCCUUUGAUAAAUGAAACGUUAGAGGAUUUAAUAAAAGGAAGAUUAAGUACACAUAUAUUUCCGUAUCUUGGUAAUAUGAUAAUGUCACGAAGGCCUCAGGAUAUUAUAGUAUUUAUGAUCGGAGGUACAACUUACGAAGAAAGUUUAGCAAUUUAUAAUCUAAACAAGCAAAAUCAAGGUAUAAAAAUUAUUUUAGGUGGUACUACUAUUCAUAAUUUUAAAAGUUUUGCAGAAGAAGUACAUCAUGCUACUACAGGAAUUUUAAUGCGAUAUAAAAUUGGAAAAAAUUAAU